CUAGUUAGGGUUUAUGCUAGAGAGACGGCCAUAGGAUAAGUCUUCAUAUUCUUCGUAGAUUUCGAGCAUUCUUUCUCACAAACUGCUGACGAUCAUCAGAAUUCCUAAAUUUCAAGAGCAUUCUUUCUUCUAUCGAUCAUAUUUCUUCCUCGCUCCCAGUUCUAGCGUGUUCUUCACAGCAAUCUAGUGGAUAGCCAAUGCUUCUUCGUACAUUUCGCGCAUUCUUUCGUACAUCGUCUACCUCCGAAGAGCGAUCCGUGGAGUGGAGUCUCGAUUUCAAGGGGAUUGUAUGGCCUGCGCGGCACACAUUGCGCAGCUCCUAAAGUCUUGCAAAGCUUCCAGGGAUCUCUCCGAGGCACGGCGUCUUGACGCUCGCAUCGCGGCUUCUCGCGAGCUCCAGCACGACAGGUACCUCUUGAAUCUCCUCGUCGAGGCCUAUGGCAAGUGUGGCAGCCCCCGAUACGCUCGCGCGGUCUUUGACAGGAUCCAAGCUCCAAACCACUUCUCCUGGAACAUCAUGCUCGACGUCUACGCUCGAAACGGGAAGCUUUGCGAGGCCAGGGAAGUGUUCGACCAGAUGCCCAGCAAGGACGCCAUCUCCUGGAACACCAUGCUCUCGGCGUAUGCCCGGCAGGAUCAUACACUCCAAGCGCAGGAGCUCUUCGCCAAGAUGCCGCAAAAGGACGUCGUCUCUUGGAACUCCAUGCUCACUCUCUACGCCAGCAGCGGCCAGCCCCUCCAAGCGAAGCUCCUCUUCGAGAGAAUGCCGCUCCAGAGCGAAGCCACUGUCACGGUGAUGAUCCAAGUCUUCUCGCAGCUAAGUUUGAUCGAAGACGCGAGGAGGGUCUUCGAAAGCAUACCCGAGAAGACCCCGAUUCUCUGGAACGCGAUGAUCAUGGCCUAUUCGCGGAGCGGCAAUGCGAAAGAAGCCGCCACCUUGUUCCAACAGAUGCCCAACAAGGAUAUAGUUUCAUGGAAUUCCUUGCUCACUUCCCUCGUCCAGGAAGGAUGCCUGGACGAUGCCAGGAGAAUCUUUGAUGCCAUGCCCGAUACCAGCAUUGUCUCGUGGAAUCUUAUGGUGGCCGCGUACUCACAACUUGGUCACGUAGACGAGGCUGUCACCUUGUUCGAGACAAUGCCGUACAAGACCAUCGCCGCGAGUACGGCGCUCAUACAAGCGUUUUGUCACGAGGGGUUUCUCGACAAGGCGAGAGAUUUGUACGAGAGUUUCCCGGAGGAGAAUCUCCAGGCAUCGAAUUCGAUGCUUCUAGGAUAUGCCCAUUCUGGGUAUAUGGACGAAGCCAGCGCCCUCCUUGCUCGGAUGUCUGUGAGGGAUGUAGAUUCCUGGAACAUUAUGAUCCUGGGAUAUGCCCGGGAUGGGCAUCUCCGCGAGGCCGAGUGUGUGUUCGAAAACAUGCCGGAGAAGUCCGUCUCGUCGUGGAACGCGAUGAUCACGUCGUAUGCCCGGAAUGGGUAUAUAGCGGAAGCUAGAGCGGUGUUUGAUUCCAUGGUGAGGAGGGACGUAGUGUCUUGGAACGCGAUCAUCCAAGCCUACAUUCUUGCGGAAGAUCUCGCGAAAGCCGAGGAUCUCUUCCGUACAGCCCCUGAAAAGAAUACCGUGACUUGGACUUCGAUGAUCCAAGCUUAUGCUCGCAACAACAAGAUUGCAAAGUCUAGAGGGCUUUUUGAGGCAAUGCCACGCAAGGAUUUGAUCGCGUGGAGGGUGAUGCUCACGGGAUAUGCCCAAAACGGGCAUCCAGACGAAGCCAUGGAGCUCUUUGCGAGAAUCCCUCACAAGAGCUCGAGUUUGUGGAACACUAUGAUCGGGGUCUACUUUACGGCAGGAAGAAUCUCCCAAGCCAGAAAAAUAUUCGAGAGCAUGAAUCCAAAACCAAGCAUUUGCUGGAGCACCCUUAUCGCAGCAUAUGCCCGUUCUGGGCAUCUGCUGCAAGCAGCAGAAUUGUUCCACCAACAUCCCAGCCCGGAUCUCGAAACUUUCAUCACUAUGAUCACAGCGUACGGAAACUCUGGCCUAGUAGAAGAUGCCAAAAGAAUCUUUUACGCGAUCAAGGAGCCAAACCCAAUGGCCUGGAAUGCCCUCUUUGCGGCAUAUGCUCAGAACAGCCGCCUUGCUAGCGCGAGAUUCCUCUUCGAUACCUUUCCCCGCCGCGACGCCGUGUCGUGGACAGCGAUGGUGGGCGCGUAUGCCCACAGCGGGCAUAGCGGCCUGGCUUGCGAGCUCUUCCAAGAAAUGGAGACCCACGGCGUGGCACCCGAUGGGAUCACUUUCAUCGCGCUCCUGGGCGCCUGCAGCCACCUGGGCAGGAUCAAGCACGCGGGCAGCUACCUAAAUUCCUUCCCGGAGCGAGAAAUCGCCCCAAUUGUGGAUCACUACCAGUGCAUUGUCGACGGCCUCGCGAGAUCCGGGCAGCUAGAACAAGCCCGGGAUUUGAUCCGGGAAAUGCCGUUCGAGCCGAUCGCGGCGGCGUGGACAUCGCUGCUUGGCGCGAGAAAAUUGAGCUUUUUGCCCUAAUUCCCGGGCUUGGUUUCUAGGGCUGACGUGUUGGGGUUUCACAACGAACGGACGUCCGUACGGUGCUUCCUCGUACCUCUCGCUCCUAGGGCACAGGGUUUCCGUGCUCUCGAAGCGCGCAGCGUGCGAGCGAUCGAUCGAUCGAUUGGAUUCCUGCGAGCGCAAUGGUUUGUUUCGAUCCUUUCGUGAGUGAAGGCGUUUAAAUUCGUGAGCGAGGGUUUUUUUCUUGUGAGAGAAAGAGAUCGGGCAUUGUGGUGUCAAAGUUUUGGAAGAAUGUAGCGCGUUGUGUAGAGAGAAUCCGGCCGCUGUUGGAAUUGUGAGAGACUUUGUGGAGAUUUUUGGGGAAUGUGGGUGAGAGCAGGACAUUGACACAGUUCUUUCUUCUCUUCUUUAUCAGAGUUCUAGUUUGAGGGAGAAAACAGUGUGAAGAACGAUAGAGUAAGACGAACGAAAGAAGAAGAAGAAAUAGAGAAGAGACGAAGAAGAAGUGAUGUAGCCACUGUUUCCAUGACGACGUCUCCAAGAACAAUGAGUAGCGAUCCGGAGGAUUCGAGUUGCUGUUCUUCGCCUUACGAGACCAACAGAUAUCAGUCACCGAGCGAGAGAAGAAAUGUGGCAGUCGAUCAGGGAGGAGUUUCUUACGUGUUUGAGCCGUUCAUGGAGACCAGCUUGGCAAUGGAGAAGCCGGACGUUGUGGGGAUUGGUGGAGGUG